AUGGAGAAGAAGAAGAAGACGAAACAGUCGAGCAUGGCUUCCAUGGCCAACUCGUUGAAGGCAAAAAGGCGACGACUCAGCCACAGCAAGUGUAGCAAAUCUAGUCUCCCUAAUGACCUGUUGAUUCCGAUACUCUCCCGGUUGCCCGUGAAGUCCGCCCUCCGGUUCCGCUGCGUUUCCAAAGAGUGGCUUGCCCUCCUCUCCGACCGCGGCCCUUACUCCAUCAGAUACCUACGUCCCACCAUGUACGGCUUCUUCUACCGACGCCGCCUCGUACGGUCCUUGCAGUACGCGCCCAUUCACCCUUACAGAGAUCAGCACUUGGAUAUCAAGAGACUCACCUCUCAUCUACCUGACCAUGACAACUUGUUUCUGCUGGAUAGCUGCAAUGGUUUGCUUCUCUUCCUUUGCGUAGUAGGAGACAAUAGCUUUAAGUCGAUGAUCGUCUGCAACCCUUUCGGGGAUGAGAAGACCAAUUGGGUGAUCAUCCACUUGAAUGUCGCACUCACACAUCUACCCGUGGGACGUCGAUUUAUCUCGGCGAGGUUGGAUUUCCAUCGACAUGACUCCCCUCAGUUCAAGUGCCUCCUCUUCUUCGAGGACCAGCAAGCGAAUCAGCAGUCGCUUCCUUGGUUUACGAUUUUGUCCACCAACACUGAUCAGCAGCAAAACGUCUAUGUUUUACCCCAGCGUGGAUUGCCGCCAUUAGACUUUUACGACGGUACCGCCGAUGAUGAUUACCCGAAGCUGUGCAUCAUCCACGACGACGAUACAGAUUACGCGAUAUGCCCAUCGCCGGCGACAAGCUUAGAAGGAGGGGUUAGGAGUCUCAUGGGACUAUCUGGUGGAGUCCCUCACUAUGCUUUAUGCAAUCCGUACGAUCUGCAAAUUUGGGUCCUUGCGAGCGAGAAUGGCCACAGAACAUGGAACUUGAAGCACACUCAUAGCAAUCAGCCUCUCAUCAAUCUACACAAUGAAUCCUACCGACGCCACAGGCAUGACGACGACAGAAGCGCCUAUUCCAUCGCGCCGUUGGGAUUCCACCCCGACCUCGAUGUUAUCUUUAUGCAGAUUGAGUGGAGGAUAUACGCUCUCCAUCUCACCAGCGGUUCCUUGGAAGAGGUGGCCGGGGAAAGAGGUGCAAAUCCCUAUGGGGAAAGGUUUUUGUUCUAUCCCUUCACUAUGGAUCCUUCGGUAAGCUUGGGGGACAAACGAGAAUACCAUAUGGAAAUUCCUGAUAUGAACCAAGCAUAA